CUCCCUUUUUCAGAGUGUCCACAUGCUUCAGUGUAUCAGCAUUGGUAAGCUGGUGUGCAAGUCAUCUGUUAAUUUUUGUCAAGCUGACGCCAUAGUUCCGACUGAUCACAUUGUCGGUAGAUUAUUUUAUUGACUGGAGAGAUGGCUUCCAUUGGGAGACUCGAUGACAAAGUUGCGCUGGUGACAGGUGCCAGUUCAGGUAUUGGAGCUGGCACAGCCAUAUUGUUUUCUCAGCUGGGAGCCCGUGUCAUCAUCACGGGGAGAAAUGAGGAAAACCUGAAGAAGACAGCAGAGCAAUGCAGCCAGGACUCCAAGUAUAAGCCCGUCCUCCUGAUUGGUGAUCUGUCUAAGGAAGAGGACACACAGCGUAUCGUGGAUGAAGCCAUCGCAGCUGCAGGCAGACUGGACAUAUUGGUCAACAGUGCCGGAAUCCUGGAAUCUGGCAGCAUUGAAACAACAAGUUUAGAACAAUUUGACAGGAUAUUCAACAUCAAUGUCAGAUCCAUUUACCAUUUAACAAUGUUGUGUGUGCCGCACCUGGUGAAGACUAAAGGCAACAUCGUCAAUGUCUCCAGCGUCACAGGACUCCGAGCAUUUCCUGGUGUCUUAUCAUACUGCAUGUCAAAGAGCGCCAUCGACCAGAUGACAAGGUGUGUUGCUCUGGAAUUGGCUCCUAAACAAGUCCGAGUUAACUGUGUCAAUCCGGGUGUGAUAGUCACAGAGGUACAUAAAAGAGGAGGCAUGAGCGAGGAAAAGUAUGCACAGUUCCUGGAACAUUGCAAGACAACCCAUGCCCUGGGUCGAGCAGGAGAGGUCAGUGAAGUGGCCAAACUCAUCGCCUUCCUGGCCUCUGACAGUGCAUCAUUCAUGACCGGCAACACGGUGGCUGUGGAUGGUGGUCGUCAUGCCAUGUGUCCACGAUAAACGGCCUGGAAAUUAAGUUGUAUUCCCCACACAACAUAUAUGCCUGGGUUUGAGGAUUAGUGUCUCACAUAACAGUGCUCUAAGUAGCGGCCAUGUUGGUCGCAAAUCCAACUGAUAUCUAUGAUUGCAACCUAAAUCUAUCUACUGCUCACGUCUUGGCGACCUAAACCUAAGUAAACAUAAAUGGUGACAAUAUCUGUUUGAGAUGUUGUUUAUGAACUCGUGUUUGCAUGGCCAAUGUCGUAUAAUAAUAAAAUGAUAAUAAUAAAUCCAUUUAUACUGCGCCAGAUUCCAUUCACCAAGUUAAUGCUCAUGGCGCUACAUAGUUUUAGCAAAUAAUGCAGAUGAAAGGGGAGUAGAGUUGAUAGUGUUGUCUGAAAAGGUGUAUUUUUAGAGGAGCCUUAAAGGAUGAAAGCAAUGGCGACAGCUUAAGAUCAGAUGGUAGUUUGUUCCAUAGCGGGGAAGCGCAGAACUGGAAAGAUCACUGACCAAAGGUUUUGAGACGGGUUUCCGGGACUUAUCUUGUGCCCAAUCUCUUUGUCUUUUUGGACAAUAAAAUAUGUUUAAUGAUAAUAACGGAGAGAUCUGGAAGGCUUGUAUACAUAAUUAUUUAUUAGAGUUAUAUAUCAUACUGUUCUUUAUAUAUGGUUAAUACAAUUACAGGGUUUUCAUAAAGAGCUCAGUUAUUUUGUACCCUGUUGUAUUUGCAUGAACUUACUGAUAUUGAACAAAAAGGAAAUAUUUACAUUAUUAUUUAGUGUACAUGUCUAUUACAGUUGAAUACCCAUCUUUAGAUUUCACACAAUGAAACCUGGGUGAACAUACCUACCUCAAGUGAAAUAUGCCCCAUCUCAGACUCUCAGUCUGGCUCCUUGGGAAAAAAGAUUGGCUCCCCCAAACUUAGGUUUGGCUCCUGAAAUAUUCAUGUUAGGAGCCACUUACUCCCGAAUAAAAAUCGAACUUAGAGGGCUGCAUUAUGACCUUAGUACAAUCCUGACAAUUAAUUAGCUCAGUCACACAGUUUAGCUUGUUUUGACAGCCAUUUUGUUGUCAGUGGUAUGUGAUUCCUGAUGUAUGAAGGAGAUAUGGAUACACUAUAUCAGUCUCAGGCGAAGUCAACGAUAAUAACUUCCUAGUCUGCUUAUUUAAUCAAUAACACAAAGAAACUAUAAACAGCCAUACAAAGUCCAUGACGUUGAUCAGCACAAUAAUGCAAUACAAGCCCUGCCCCCUCUGUUGUCAACCAAUCAGAAAACAGUUAGUGUCUGUUAAUGGGUGUGGCCUUUUUUCUUUUUUUUUAGGUUUAUGGAAGGCCAAUGCAAAACAUUGCUUGGUUAGUCAAUCAAAUGCCAUGGAAUCACUUUUAUUUAUUCAGACAAUUCAUUUGGGAUGUUAUUUGUAAUAUCUGUGCACAGCCUGCAUAUAAUAAUACCAUGUGACCUUUAUUUGGGAUAUAAAUCUCAUUCAUGAUGAAACUGUU